AGUGCGCUCGUGUUCGUCCUCCAAGCAACAUCAAUCGGUCGGAAUCCGCGUUGGCUCCGCGAAACGGAACGUCCCGAACCUCGGCCGCCCUCAAGGCCCAUUAGAUCCGGGCUGGUCGCUCGACGCGAAUCGUAUGUGUGUACUGCCUGCGCCUCCCUUCGCUUCGGACCCCGUGGUAGCAGCAGACAUCGCGGCCGCUGGAUUAGCAGCUGUUUUUAUUCUCCGUGCAAGCCGCGUCACUGUGUCUAGGGGGCAUCGAUGGAAUACGGGAACACGACGACGGCGGCGGCGGCGCACAGGGAACCGAUUCUACCAAGUGUGUAUAAAUGGCCUGGCAGUUAUGCAAGCGCGUGACUUGAGCCGUUGGUGAAGAAAAGUUCGUCACUAGUGUGCCCUCGCGUACCUCGCCUAAAGGAUACCCAACCUGUGAAAAUAGUGACCAUCACCGGUACCGGCCGCAGUGCAUCAGAGGAGUUAACAGAAGUUUUUAUUUAUUUUUUUUUCAUUCCACUUCCGAUCACCACUCGGUCGAAGACGGUGGUGGGGGAAAGGUGUGAAUAGGAUCGGUGUUUUUGUGUGUGCCGCCACGGUGGUGGAACUGCGAUGAAACCGGAAGAAAACCGAAAACAAGCAGAAUAUGCUUAGUGUACGGAUCUUUUUUCGUUGCUGCUACAACAACGAUAAGUAGCAGCAGGCGAAAAUGUCGAUUGGAAUAUGUUGGUUUGUCUGAACACCAUGAUUGCCGUGGCUAACAGUCCGGCAAGAAGUUUCCAUAUUCCAAAUCAAUGCAUUCCGAUGAAAAAGAAAAAUCCCGACGAACGAUCAAAAUCCAGUGCUCAGAAAAGGAUAACGUUGAAGUGUAAUGCAGCGGCCGAAACAACUCAACCGAAAGGCAAAAAAGAACACUGGGAAAACCCGAGCAGAGUGAAAAAGUGAAACCAAUCUCAUAAUGAAGAGGAGAAAACUAAUGAAUCGAGAAUUAUGAAAUCCAAUAAUAAUAAAUUCUGUGAAACAACCUGGCGCAAAGAAUCUAUUUCAGUGAAUUUAUUCCAUCGGCGGGAUAAAAGUUCUUUGGGGGAAAACGAAUACAGCGAGAGAAAAGUGUGAAACAAAAAUCGUAAUUACUGCACCGAACCUAGCAGCGAAGGAUCGUCGAACGGUGAGAACCGUCUAGAAUGUGGGUGGCCACGGCCACGGUGCUGGGUGAAGGUGGCGUGCGAUGGGCCCGAUCCAAACCAACCACCAGCGGCCAUCGGGGUUUGUUGUUCGGGUUGUCUGGAAUUUCAAGCAGUGAAAAUAUGAGCAGUAAUGCCAAUCCCGGACUAGGCAGACCGACGUUCUGGGAAAACCAUUUGCGCCCACAGCAAACGAGGUCUACCUCGAUGCCGCUGUGUGCUGUGCCGUACAACGCUGUUUAGCUUGGGCCGUAGAUUCCAAGACUAUCGCUGCCCCAUAAUUGAGUGUAAAUGCAAACUACGAGAUUUAAAAUACGAAGAAAAUUGCAGCGAAUAAUUGCACUACCUUGCCGUAAUAGUGAACUAGGAAGUAGUUACCGACUCAAGGAGAAAAGUGUAUAAAAAUGCUGAAACGGUGCAGAAUAGCAGAACCAACGAGGUCAUAAAGCAAAAAAAAAACGAAAACGGUAGUGAGGUAAAAAAAAAUUUCCUUCGAAGGAAUUUGUUCCCAUCGAAGUGAAGCAGUGAAAGAAACACGUGGUGAAAAAGGAUUUCAUCUACAGCGCACCAUCAUAAGGAUUUCGUUCGACAGCUGAAGACGUAGAGUGGGAGGCGGCUUCGCGGAUCAAAAAAAAAUCGUUGAUAAAUUAGUCAAAUUCUCGUUAUCCCGUUAUCCCCUUUCCUUUUAAACAAAUAAGCGAUCUACCAUUUUUCUAUCAUUACCACUGUACAGUGUCAAUUAAACACGCAGAUUAUCACUUCGAAUCUCUCAAAAAGCCAAUACAAUAAAAAUCCAAUAUGUCACAGCGGUGACACAUGACGAAGAAUAAUAGAAGCAGCUCGCCAGAGAACGAGAACGUGAGAAACGUGUCAGCGUGACUUCGUACUACGUGCACAAAGAUACCGUCGGACGGAGAAAACCUUAGCAACGUAGAAAUCGAGCUAAACACAAAAAUUAUCGACAUAGCCAGUAACACUCACACACAUACAAAACAGAUCCACAACUAUCAGAGAGGGUGUCGUAAAAUAAUUAGCACGCGCGGGAAUUGAGACAUGGGGCUGCAGGCGGCCUCGGGUGCCGCGUUACUGACAGCCAUCGCUAGCGUCCUGCUCCUAGCGCGGAUUCCACCGUGUGCGCUGGCCUCACAUGGGAAUUUCUCCGACUUUCCCUUCAUUUAUCUGACACAUCCACCGGAGAUAAUCAGGAAGCCAUCGAACCAAGGCGUCCGUGUUGGAGGCGUGGCGACGUUCUUCUGCGGUGCACGAGGUGAUCCCCAGCCGAACAUUGUGUGGCGCAAAAAUGGAAAGAAGAUUAUGGGUACUCAAUCCCGCUACUCAGUGAUAGAAUCCAACGGUGUGUCAAUGCUGCGCAUUGAACCGGUCCGUGCCGGUCGUGACGAUGCACCGUACGAAUGCAUGGCGGAGAAUGGCGUUGGGGAUGCAGUUUCCGCCGAGGCAACACUAACCGUUUACGAACCUGACAAAACGCCAGCAGGCUUCCCAGUCAUCACUCAGAGCCCUACGACGCGCGUAAUUGAAAUUGGCCAUACGGCCGUGAUGCAGUGCAAGGCAACCGGAGCACCACCGCCGAAGAUCUACUGGAUCAAGGACAUGAAACGUGUCGACAUGACCAAUCCACGCUACAGCAUCAACAGUGAAGGUAGUCUACAGAUAGAUAACAGCGAAGAGAGUGACAUGGGUCGUUACGAGUGUGUUGCCGAGAAUUCCGUCGGAACCGAGCACACGAAACAGACGAGCCUGUACGUAAAAGUUCGUCGUGUUCCGCCAACCUUUUCCCGGCCACCGGAGCCCAUCUACGAGGUUAUGCUGGGGGGCAACCUCACGCUGACCUGUGUUGCUGUUGGAUCUCCGAUGCCGUACGUCAAGUGGCGGCAAGGAAUCGACCACGAUCUGACACCGGAGAACGAUGUCCCCGUCGGACGAAACAUUCUGGAACUGAGUGAUAUAAGGCACAGUGCCAAUUACACCUGUGUCGCGUCCUCAACUCUCGGGGUCAUAGAAGCAGCAACGCUGGUGAAGGUGCAAUCACUGCCAGCAGCACCAACUGACGUCACGAUAUCGGAGGUAACCGCUACUCAAGUUCGACUGGAAUGGUCGUACAAGGGACCGGAGGAUUUGCAGUACUACGUUAUCCAGUAUAAACCGAAGAAUGCUAAUCAGGCGUUCAGUGAAAUCAGUGGCAUUAUUACCAUGUUCUAUGUCGUGCGGACGCUAAGUCCGUACACCGAAUAUGAGUUUUAUGUGAUCGCUGUGAACAAUAUCGGUAGAGGGCCGCCUUCGCUGCCUGCCACGUGUACCACCGGGGAGACAGGUGAUUCUGCAUAUGGAGGUUCCAAAAUGGAAAGUGCACCACGGAACAUUCAAGUGCGCCCGUUAAGUUCAUCGACAAUGGUUAUCACUUGGGAGCCACCUGAGACGCCUAAUGGACAAGUGACUGGCUACAAAGUGUACUACACAACCAAUCCCAGCCAACCGGAAGCUUCCUGGGACUCACAGAUGGUGGACAACAGCGAAUUGACGACCAUCUCGGAACUGACGCCACACGCUAUCUACACCAUCCGGGUGCAGGCGUUCACCUCGAUGGGAGCCGGUCCGAUGUCCAACCCGGUGCAGGUCAAAACACAGCAAGGUGUUCCCUCCCAGCCGAGUAACUUCCGCGCUACCGAUAUUGGCGAAACAGCUGUCACUCUCCAGUGGUCCCGGCCGACCCAUUCGGGCGAGAACAUCGUACACUACGAGCUGUACUGGAAUGACACCUAUGCAAACGAGCAGCAUCAUCAGCGCAUCCCCAAUACGGAAAGCUACACACUCAGCAGCCUCUAUCCGGACACUCUGUACUACUUCUGGCUGGCGGCUCGCUCCCAACGGGGCGAGGGUGCAACUACCCCGCCGAUUCCUGUUCGCACAAAGCAAUAUGUACCUGGUGCACCACCACGUAAUAUAACUGUUGAAGCCAGCAGUCCGACGACGAUCAACGUGUCCUGGCUGCCACCCCCGGUGGAACGCUCGAACGGGGCGAUUGUAUACUAUAAAGUGUUUUUUGUCGAGGACGGCCGCUCGGACAGCGAGGCGACAGUGACCACGCUCAAUUCCACCAGUCUCGUGCUGGACGAGCUGAAACGUUGGACCGAGUACAAGAUCUGGGUACUCGCCGGAACGACGGUGGGCGAUGGGCCCCGCUCCUACCCCGUCACUGUUAGAACCCACGAAGACGUGCCCGGCGAUCCGCAAGAAGUCAAAGCUGCUCCAGUCAAUUCCACCACGAUACACGUUACCUGGAAGCCACCGAAGGAGAAAAACCGGAACGGCAUCAUUCGCGGCUAUCACAUUCACGUGCAGGAGAUGCGUGAAGAGGGCAAAGGACUGCUCAACGAACCAAUGAAAUUCGACGUCGUGGAUGCAUUGGAAUACAAUGUAACCGGUCUGCAACCGGACACUAAAUAUUCGGUCCAAGUGGCAGCACUCACACGGAAGGGUGAUGGUGAUCGCAGUGCUCCCAUCGCAAUCAAGACUCCGGGCGGGGUACCGAUUCGGCCUACGGUAAAUUUGAAAAUAUUGGAACGUGAUCCUACCGUGUCGAUCGAACUGGAAUGGGAACGGCCGAAGCAGACUUACGGAGAACUGCGUGGUUACAGAGUGAAAUGGGGAGUCCGCGAGCAACCACUGAAUGAGGAGACCAUGUUGGGACCGCAUACUCUCACUAAAAGAAUAAAUGAUUUAGAGCGUGGGGUGGAAUAUGAAUUUAGAGUGGCCGGGAUGAACCAUAUUGGGAUCGGUCAGGAAACCGUAAGAUUUUUACCGACACCGGAAGGUACUCCAACGGGACCUCCAACCGAAAUAUCCGUCCGAUUUCAGACUCCGGAUGUAGUCUGUAUUACGUGGGAGCCGCCAACAAGGGAACAUCGAAACGGUCAAAUCACAAGAUAUGACGUUCAGUUCCACAAAAAGAUCGACCAUGGCUUAGGUACUGAACGGAACACGACAAUCAAGAAAGCGGUUUUCACAAAUCUUGAAGAAAGUACGGAAUAUAUCGUACGAGUACGAGCUUACACUAAACAGGGCGCAGGACCAUUCAGCGAAAAGAAAAUCAUAUCAACUGAACGUGAUAUGGGCCGUGCUCCACUCUCGGUUCAAGCUGUUGCCACGUCCGAACAAACCGUGGAGGUUUGGUGGGAGCCAGUUCCUUCCCGUGGUAAGCUCGUGGGUUAUAAGAUAUUUUAUACCAUGACAGCAGUGGAAGAUCUCGAUGAGUGGCAGACUAGAAUGGUUGGAGUUACGGAAUCUGCGGAUUUACUCAAUUUGGAAAAAUUUGCUCAGUAUGCCAUUGCGAUCGCAGCCUUAUAUAAGAACGGACCUGGUAGAUUAAGUGAAAAGGUCACCGUCAAAGUCAAACCUGAGGAUGUUCCGCUUAAUCUAAGAGCACACGAUGUUAGCACGCAUUCCAUGACAUUGAACUGGGCUCCUCCGAUACGACUAAAUCCGAUCAAUUACAAGAUUUCCUUCGACGCCGUCAAGGAAUUCGUAGACUCUCAAGGUAUUCCACAGAAACAAGUAUUACCAAAACGGGAGAUCGUUCUAAAGAGUCACGUUACAUCGCAUACCAUUGGUGAGCUAUCUCCCUUCACCACUUAUUUCGUGAACGUAAGUGCCAUCCCAACCGACUAUUCCUACAAACCUCCUACGAAAAUCACUGUCACAACGCAAAUGGCCGCUCCUCAGCCGAUGGUACAACCAGACUUUUACGGGGUCGUGAACGGUGAAGAAAUUCAAGUCAUUUUACCGCAAGCAUCAGAAGAGUAUGGUCCGAUCUCCCACUACUACCUGAUAGUGGUUCCCGAAGAUAAAUCCAACCUACACAAAUUACCCGAUCAAUUCUUAACCGAAGAUCUCCUACCCAGCAAAACGCGAUCUCUGCAAACAAAUGCCCCUUACAUUGCUGCUAUGUUCCUGCAACGAAAUAUCCCGUACACGUUCCAUUUAGGCUCCGGUGAAACGAAUCACAAUUUUACCAACCGAAAAUUGGAACGCGGUAAACGUUAUCGAAUUUUCGUUCGGGCUGUUGUUGAUACACCUCAAAAACAUCUGUACACUUCGAGUCCCUUCUCGGAAUUUCUCGCACUAGACAUGAAGGAAGCUCCAACCGGUGAACCUCCCCACAGACCGAACCCGAACGUUCCACAAGAUCCAGAAAUCUUGAUCCGAGGUAAAAACGAAGAACCCGGAAUGAUCUGGGUUGUCGGCCCUAUCAUUGCAGCCAUAGUUCUGUCUUCGUGUUUAGUGAUGGUAUACUUUAUACGGAGAAGACGGCAGCCCUACAAAACACCCGAUCAAGCUGCCGUUACUCGACCGCUGAUGGCUGCCGAUUUAGGUGCGGGACCUGCUCCCACCGAUCCUGUUGAUAUGCGUCGAUUGAACUUCCAGACGCCUGGCAUGAUCAGUCAUCCACCGAUUCCUAUAUCGGAACUUGCGAAUCACGUCGAACGCUUGAAGUCCAAUGAUAAUCUGAAAUUCUCUCAAGAAUACGAAAGCAUUGAGCCCGGCCAACAGUUUACGUGGGAUCACUCAAAUAUGGAGGUCAACAAACCGAAGAACCGCUACGCAAACGUGACAUCCUACGAUCACAGUCGAGUCAUUCUACAGCCGAUCGAAGGGGUUCUAGGAUCUGAUUACAUAAACGCAAAUUACUGUGAUGGUUACAGAAAACACAAUGCCUAUGUCGCAACCCAGGGACCGCUCCAGGAAACGUUCGGUGAUUUUUGGCGGAUGUGUUGGGAGCUGAAAUCAUCCACGAUCGUCAUGAUGACUCGUCUGGAGGAACGUUCGAGAAUUAAAUGCGACAUGUACUGGCCAGCACGAGGUACCGAAGUGUACGGCGUAAUGACAGUGACAAUCACAGAAACUCAGGAAUUAGCAACCUACAGUAUAAGAACCUUCCAAAUUUGUCGAACUGGCAGCAACGAAAGACGGGAAAUGAAGCAACUGCAAUUUACGGCCUGGCCCGAUCAUGGCGUUCCGGAUCAUCCAGCUCCGUUCCUACAGUUUUUGAAGCGUACCAAGGCCCUAACUCCUACCGAUUCAGGUCCAAUCAUUGUACACUGCUCGGCAGGUGUUGGAAGAACCGGUUGCUACAUCGUGAUAGAUUCGAUGCUGGAACGAAUGCGACAUGAAAAAAUGAUUGACAUUUACGGACAUGUGACCUGUUUGCGAGCGCAACGGAACUACAUGGUCCAAACCGAGGACCAGUACAUAUUCAUCCAUGAUGCUCUGCUAGAAGCGGUAAUUUGUGGCAGCACCGAAGUUCCCGCCAGAAGUUUACACAAUCACAUCCAGAAGCUGAUGCAGACCGAGCCGGGAGAAAAUAUUACCGGAAUGGAGAUGGAAUUCAAAAAGUUGUCGAAUGUAAAGGCCGAUUCAACAAGAUUCGUAACGGCAAAUUUGCCGUGCAAUAAACACAAGAAUCGUUUGGUGCACAUCCUACCGUACGAGGCAUCACGCGUUUGUCUGACACCGAUUCGAGGUGUCGAAGGAAGCGAUUACAUCAAUGCUAGCUUCGUUGACGGGUAUCGAUACCGGAAUGCUUACAUCGCUGCACAGGGACCGUUACAGGAAACCGCCGAGGACUUCUGGCGAAUGUUGUGGGAACAUAACUCAACCAUUGUUGUUAUGCUUACCAAAUUGAAAGAAAUGGGCCGGGAAAAAUGUUUCCAAUAUUGGCCUCACGAGCGUUCGGUACGGUACCAAUACUACGUGGUGGAUCCGAUCGCCGAAUAUAACAUGCCACAGUACAAAUUGCGCGAGUUCAAGGUAACCGAUGCGCGCGACGGAUCCUCACGCACAGUUCGCCAGUUCCAGUUUAUCGACUGGCCUGAACAAGGGGUACCGAAAUCAGGCGAAGGAUUCAUCGAUUUCAUUGGCCAGGUGCAUAAAACAAAGGAGCAAUUCGGUCAGGACGGACCCAUAACGGUACACUGCAGUGCCGGAGUUGGACGAACGGGCGUUUUUAUCUCACUCAGCAUAGUGCUGGAACGGAUGCAGUACGAGGGUGUGCUGGAUGUUUUCCAAACCGUGCGAAUACUGCGAUCUCAACGACCGGCAAUGGUACAAACAGAGGAUCAAUAUCAAUUCUGCUACCGGGCUGCCCUCGAGUAUUUGGGAUCGUUUGAUCACUAUGCAAACUAAGCAUAGAACAGUAGAAGAAGAAAAAACACCGGACGCAAACAGUCACAGGAUGCAAUAUAUGAUAGCACACCAAUACCUAAAUUGUGAAAAUGAUGGAACAAUCGUUAUUAGUUCAGUGACAACAUACCAGAUAAGUGAGAAAAUCAUUCCAACACCGAACACAACAUCACCAUCAUCAUCACGAAUGUCUAGCUAACCUAACGGCGAGACGAUUUGUUUAAAUCUAAACAGCAAAUGAGGGCAGCAAGACUACGCCUGAUAAUGACUCAUAAGCAUUUUCACAUCAUACGCAUCCGUAGGCGUAAAGUACUAGCAAUUCUAAACAGCUCUCUUGAGGUAACUUUUUUACAAUGUGAUUUAAGCGAAUAUCACACAUAAUCAUUGCACAGGAACAGCUGAAGUGAAGCUAGCAAGUAAAUAGAUAAAAAAGCAAGGUUCAUCUCAUUCUACCAUUAGACGCAUUCGUUCAAUCAAAAUCAGUAGCAUUCGAGUACAUGAAACAAACUUUUCGGACUAGAUCUAAUGUAUUUUAAAUUAAAACAGAGCAAAAUUUGACGUUUAUCGAUUCAGAACAUCAAUAGUUAGAAUGAAAUCUUUAGCGAAAAAAUAUCAAAGACAUUGAAUCAGGUCUUUUAGGUAAAUAACAACCAAAAGUGGAAUAUUGUAAACAAAUUUUCAGGAUAAAAAGUUACUACUUAAUAAUGCAAAACAGUAAUAUAAAGCAGCAUUCAAAUUACGGCAAGAGAAAACUGGACGGCGACGACGAAGUGAUUGCUCCAGCUAGCAUCAUACAAAAAAAAGUAUUGAAAUCAUUAAUUGUAUCAACAAGAACUCUUACUACGAUACGCUUGAAUUAAGUUUCUGAUGGCUGCUAACCAAGCCGGAAUGGAAUGUGCACGGAAGGCAAUCGUAGUCUAUUUUUUAUAACCAGAGAGCGACUGUUCAGUUUAAGAAGCAAAGUGAGUUAAAAUUCAUCAGACUGAUAUUGUAAAAGUAACAUACCUAACUGUAAAAAGUUUAUGAACAGUACUUGAUAGGUAUCACAGAAGAGAUAUAUGUUAAGCAUAAAAUAAUUGAUAAACAAGAUCAUAUAUAUUAGACAAGUUGACCUGUUUGAAUCAUGUGCAAAAUAUAAAGCGAACCCUUUAAAAGAAACUGCUUGAAGAAAAUAUAGGUAAUUCAAAUACCGUAGGAGAGCAAAGCAAACACUAUAUCACGAUGUAGACUUGUAAACAGCUAGUAUUUAGGUUUGUACAGCAACAACAAUUACUUUUCUGUGCAAACUCACCAAGCUGUAGGUGCAUCGGGAAUGCAUCGCAAUCAGCCCCAAACAGCAUCAGCCAUUGAACUUUGGUUUGGCAGUCGUCCUUUCAUUGGGUUCAUUUCGUAACGCGACUACGUUAUUAUACUCCUAGAUUUUUGUGUGAAACUUUAAACGUGAUAAGUUAGACUUAACUAGAAGCUUAGACUAGUACUCAGCAUCAUUGGCGGAUGUAGUAAAUCACUAGAGUGUACACUUACAGGCAGCAUACUACUAUUGGCAUAUGCGCAUUGAUUUCUGACGUGAAACGUGGCUGAGUUGGGCGUGUUUUUACGUUGCGAAUGUUCUGGAAACCUAUACGCUUUAGCGACAGUAGGGUUUUGAGGAGAAUAAAUAACCAUAUCAGAUGCCUGAAUGCGCAUCACAGAAGAAUCUCACUACAACGAGUACGACAGGUCAUUUAGGAUUAGCAUGUUUAUAAUUUGUGUGGUAAUGUUGAGGAACUGUGUGGCCAAUGGAUUUGUUCCGGGAAGAGUAGAUCUUGUUGUAUUCGAGAGUGACAAAGCUAAAAAAAAAGUUUCGUCGAAGGAGCAGCUGAGAUUGAUCACCCAAAUACAACUGAGACUAAUUGUUCGAAAAUGUUCAAUUGAAUAGAAUACACCUCUUACACCACUCAGCGAUAAAUUCUGAUAAAAUCUAUUUCGAUUAUAAAACCAAAAGGCGUACAAUCUAAUGGUAGUUGGGUGUCUUCGCAUUUUGAAUAUUCGAAUAACAUUUUCGUGCGUUAUCUUGAAAAAUAAUUUAGAACGUACUUACCUUACCUUACCUUACCAGCCCUGGGGUGUCCCUUGCAGUAUCAAGCAUACGUCUCCAAAUAACUCGGUCCAUGGCCGCAAGUCGCCAGCCACUCAAGGCACGGAUGCUUCGUAAAACGCCCUCCAUUUGGUCGAUUCACUUUGCUCGCUGCGUUCCUUUUUUCUUGUACCAGUCAGAUUCGAUUCAAGAACCAUUGAAUCUGUGCUGUCAUCCGACAUCCUUAUAACAUGCCCAGUCCAUCGUAGACGUCCGAUUUUAGCUGUCCUUAUGAUCGGUUGGUCUCCUAGCAGCUGUUGCAAUUCGUGAUUCAUACGCCGUCUCCACGUUCCGUAUUCCAUCUGCACUCCACCAUAGAUGGUCCACAGCACAAACAAAAACACUAAGGGCGCGUUGGUCCUCUGCCAACAUAGUCCAGAUCUGGUGGCCAUAGAUAACAACCGGUUUAAUGAGUGUUUUAUAGAUGGCCAAUUUCGUGCGGUGGCGGACUUUUCUCGGCCGAAGCAUUUUUCUGAGUCCAAAGUACGCACGAUUUCCUGCCAAAAUACGCCUCUGAAUUUCAAUGCUGGUAUCAUUAUUGGCGGUCACCAGUGAGCCCAAAUACACGAACCACUUCGAUGUUGUCACCGUCUAUCAAUAUUCAUGGUGGAAGGCGUAGUGUUUCUUCUCUAGAGCCUCUUAUUCUCAUGUAUUUUGUUUUUGACCCAUUAAUGGCUAGUCCGAUACGCCUAGCUUCAGCUUUCAGUCCGAUGUAUGUUUCCAUCUUCUCAAGGUUACGUGACAUAAUAUCAAAAUCGUCAGUGAAGCCAAAAAGCUGUAAGGACUUUCGAAACCACACGUGUCGAAUCACACCUUCCAAAGCAAUAUUGAACAAGAUACAAGAGAGUCCACUGACUGGUUGUAGAAAAAAACAUCUUCAUGGUCUGUUGUUAAUCAAUCUUUGAUUUCUGGCGGAUCCUGUGAGAGCACAAAAGAAGUGUUAUGUGUUAGAGGAUUUACGGUUUUGCCUUUCCCAUAGAGCAUAGCUUGUGAAUAGAGGCCCGAAGAGCCAAGUGUCAUAUAUUCACAAUCUUCAGAACAAAUUGACUCAAAUGACAUGUUCCCCUGGUUGGUCGCUGAUUUGUACCUUGGUGACUUCACAAACACAAAUUCAAACGAAACGUUUUAUAUUCCCUUAGCCUGCCAAUGAAUUAUCUUGUUUCACAGCACUCAGAAACGGGACUUUAAAGACUUUUUUAAGGAUGGAUUCAAAAAUCUUCAACUAACCUAGACAACUUGUUAUCCCAAUGUUAGGAGGUUGAAAUUCAAGCCUGCCAGAAAGCGAAGUGAAGAAUCUAGGGACAGGUUUCGGCAUUCACUUACCAUCAUAUAUCCAAAUAAAAGAUCCUAUGUGUUCGAAAACUGCUAUUUAAUUUUAUCCGGAACCGAUAUCCGGUUCUGGAAUUACAGGGUGACAAGCGUUAAAACAGCCAUUUCAACAGUGUGUCUCUAUGAGUGAGAAUGCAAAACAAAGAGAUUUUUUUUAAAGGAAUAGCUAAGAUCUAAAUGAUGAGGGUUAAAAACAUAUAUAAUUUUCAUAGGUACUCACAACGAUUUGUCAAAAACGAUAGAACCUGGUGCACCUAGAAAAAAUUGCCCCGUGGUAAAACUUAAUUUGCCACCCCCAUCGUUGGAUUAGUUAACAAAAACAAAAAUUCUCUGGAGGGAUUGAUUUGAUGAACAAAAAUGGUUCCAAGACUUGAUUUGCCGCCCCCCAAAAAACUUUGACUCUAUUUGCAGGGUUAGGAAACAAGCAGAUAAGUUGGGUGAAAGGUCUUAAGCAUCACGAGUUACAAAACUAUCUGCGUCUUUACAUUUCCUUGCAUUUAACUUUGAAUAUUGAUAAUGGUCGUUUCAGUUGAACGAGACAAAUUAUUUUCAGAAGUAAACUACGCAUAUGUCAUCUGGGACAUAUUGAACACAACGCUCCAGCAUGUAGCAAAAUUGAUAGUUACUAGAGUGAAUCAGAUUCUAACAAAUAGAUGAAGUUGCAUAUUUUUUUUCUAAAAUCAAAAAUUAUUAUUCAGAGUUUUGGAGCAAACCAUCUAAUGAACGUGGUCAUGUUAAGUCGAAAAACAGAGCAAUUUUGAUUUGACUAAAACAAUACACCGAUCAGAGUCAGUUCCAAUGGUCACAUUUCCAAACAUUACCAUACACAUGAUGAAGAAUUCAAAGGCCAACCAGCACGACAAAAUCAGCUCUAACAAAACACACGCCACAAAGCAUUUUUUCUUAUGCAAACGAAGAUCGAAUAGUAAACUUGAGUAUAUCAACAGUGUCAUCUGCCCCCAUUAAGUGUCAGCGCUAUUAUCAUUAGAAAGUAAUAGGUUUGUAUUGGAUUACAUAAUUAAGUACCUAUAUGACAAAAGGAGCAGCAAGCAGAAAAUAUUCGAAGUACACGUAGCAACACUAGUAGCAAAGCAAUUAUCGUUUAAGUACUAUACAUUGAGUGGGAUUUGAGUUUUAGACGUAAACAUUUUCUAUUGAAAUGUGAGUGCGAAAAAAUAGUAACAUUAAUUAUGUGUACCAUACCUAUCGAUAUUGAGACUUGGCGAAACCGAUCGCGCAAAGUUUCUCCUCAAUCUUUCUACCAUCUGCAGCUAUAGCUUUUAACCUCCAGAAUAAGUUAGACAGUUAAGCCUAUUGAUUUUAUGUUUACACCAUUGUUAACUAGCGCAGCUAUGAACAAACUGAACGAAACAAAACGAGGCCAUACAGUUUAUUAAAACGGGAUAUUUUUAAUUAAUUUUGAUUGAUUUUAACAGUGUUAUGGUUUAGCAAUUGUCCUUGAACCGUUAAACAUCGUCAUUACAGUUAACUCUCAUCUAAACGGUAUUAAGUUUGAUCAUUCCAUUGAUUGUCCAUUUUUUAUAUCGAUAAGUGUCCAAAGUUCAAUUUCCUCAACUACUGAAAUACAAUCGUCCCACGAGUUACAUUUUUACCUUAUCCUUAUUUUCUAAAAUCUUGCCGACGAAACGCAACUUAACGAUAUUACUCCAACAGACUAUGAAUUAUACAUUUACGUUUUAAGCAAUACGUUAGUUUAGAACUAUGUCAUAGAUAUACGUUGAUAAGAAUGUAGUUAUCGUUUGGUUGUCAAAAGGCAAACAUACAUACAUACAGUCACACAAAGAGCAAACAACAUAAGUACCACUAUUAGGACUACAUGCGAAGGAAUUUGAAUCCACCUGUACAGACAACAGCACUACUAUCGUAACGGUUACACAAAUUCGAUAACAGCCAGUAAAGAAAAAAUGUUACAACAAUUAGCAUACCAACACAAAAAAAAACGACAAGCAGACAUAUAAUUUGUUAUAUAUCGAGGGAACAGAGCAAAUGAAGAUGUUAUUUUUGCGGGCAAGUAAACCGCAAUUGUAGGAUGAAGUGAAAGUCAUAUUUUUGUACGGAUACAACGGGAGCCACCAACUCAGCGAUGGAUAUUGCUAGACAAACUCAAGCGGAAGCCGUUAUCAACAACAACAAAUGUGAAUAGUUGAGAGAUAGAGUGCAAUACAGAAGAUUAUGGCCGAUUACGGGGAUGCGUCAUGCAUAAAUUUGAAUAUGUGUUUCAUCUGUUGAACAUUGAAAGAUGAGAGAAUCUAUUCAGAUGCAAACAGUCUGGUGUUUUAAUUUUGGUAGAGGAUAAAAUGCAGAACAAAAAAAACGAUAAAUUGAAGCAUUGUCGAGAAUAAUUAGGUUAUACCAAUAAAAAAAAACAAUGAAA